CUUAACAGCAGUGACUGAGAAAUACAGAACAACUCAAUCUAUCUUCUGACAGCAAACUCCCACAGAUCUUUCCCCACUCAGAAAAAAAGAUGGAAUUUGAAUCUCAGUGCAGCCUGAUGACUAGCACCUCCAUGAGCGAGAGGUGGACAUCGAGGAUGCCUCAGGGGCUGGACUUGGAGAUCUCCCAGCAUCCUCUGACGAUGAAGAGCGUGGUGAAUCUCAUCAUCGCCAUGGAGAGGUUAAAGGACACCACCAAGUCAGAAUCGCCAAUGAGUUCCGAGUUCAGAGACGAGGAUCUGCUCAACAUCAUGCUGGAGAGCGCGGUGGAAGAGGAAUUUGUGUUUGAGGUGACUGCAGCACCGCCAGCUGAGAGACAAGGCAAAUUUAACAAGACGGGGGAACACGAGUACAGUAUCACUGAUACCCAGAAGAGGAAUUGGGUGCUUGUUAAAGACGCCAUGGAGCUCCAUGCCCUGAUGCUGCAAGGAGGCAGCAGCCAUCGCAAAGUGAAUCUGAACAUGUGCACCUAUGUGAACACUGUGCCCAGUACUGAUGCGAGACCUGUGAUCUUGGGUAUCAGGGGUACAGACCUCUACCUUUCAUGCUCCGAGGAAAAUGGGAGGCCAACCCUGCACCUGGAGGAGGUGCAGGGCAAGGAGUGGUUGAGGAGUAUCAGCAAGGGGACUGACAUGGUGCGAUUCCUCUUCUACAAACGGGACAGUGGGCUUGAUAUUAGCACCUUCAUGUCGGCCCACUUCCCUGGCUGGUACAUCAGCACGGCCCAGGAAGAUGACAGGCGCGUAGACAUGUGCCAACAGACGGCCGAACGCUACAGAAACUUCACCAUCCAGCGCCAGAACUGAAGAGGGCUUGGUGAUGAUUUUUAGAGAUAGGAUUCCUAAAGGCAGGCCUGCUAGUGAGUGCUGAAGAAAAUCAAAAUGGCCACAAGGGUGGUCAUUUUACUUCAAAGAGUAAAUUAUUCUCUAUAUUCUGGUUAUUUUAUUUUUUGUUUUUUGGUGAUUAUUUUGUUUUGAUUUAAGUAAAUUAUGAACAAAAGUUAUUUUCUAGAAAAUGGGCUACAAGGUUAUCAGCAUAAUACGAAGCAUAUUAAUAAGGAUCUCAAUAAUAUAAAUCCAAAGAAGCUGUUUUUUGCUAUAUUUGCUAUAUGUCUAAUCAGUCAGUGUCCCAUGUGUGUAUUUGUAGCCCAUGUGUCCAUUACCUCUGUUAAAUUGUGAACCCUGGCCCUUCAUGCCAAGAGUUAUGGGUAUUUCUGUUCUAAAGGAUUGACUGAUGGGAGCGCUCUCAUUUUGAGAGAACUUCUUCAGUUUUUAUACUGUGUACGUACUGUAUGUACUAAGUACAACGAGGCAAAUAGAGUUCACCACAGGAUGGUGGGAUUGUAAUGUCUAUCAGGCAGGCACCCCCGUUUAUUUAUUGUACUAACUAUGGCACUGUAUUUAAAAUUCCACAAUGUUAAAUUUAUUUAUUUAUGUAUGUAUUUAUUUGUUUAUUAUUUAACUUAGUGCUUAUUUAAUGAACUGUAAUAAAUGUGUAAUAAAAGUUUG